AUGGACGAUGUCGACAAGGUCGCUGAUGUCUUGAGCGAGGCUGAUGCAUACCUCGGGCUCCGUAACGGAGAGCUUGAGGCCCGCAACAGCGCCCGGAGCAGCGCAGAGAUCCGCCAGCAAGCUGCGAGCAGCGGCAAGCCUUCUGUAAACAUCCGCCGUUCUUAG